AUGUCCGCUGAGCUCCGAGCUCUAGAAGAUAACUCCACUUGGAUUCUCGAGCAACUUCCACCUUGUAAGAAACCCAUUGGAUGUUUUCGCCAAUCUCAGGCUGAUCACUCAUUAUUCACUCUUGUCACUCAUACCAGCAUCAUUAUUGUUGUUGUAUAUGUUGAUGAAAUCUUAGUGGCAGGCAAUGCUCUACCCCAAAUUCAGUUUUUCAAGAACCUUAUCUCCACUCACUUCAAAAACAAAGACCUUGGCUCUCUAAAGUUCUUUCUUGGCCUCGAAGUUGCACGUACUUUUACAGGCAUUUUCUUGAAUCAGCAAAAAUAUGCUCUGGAUAUACUUUCUGAUAGUGGUCAACUUGGUGCCCGGACUGCCUCCUUUCCAAUGGAACAACAUUUGAAGCUUUCCAAUGAAGAUGAAUCUUUACUUCCUGAUCCUAGCAUUUAUCGUCGUCUAGUUGGUUGUCUCAUUUAUUUGACCAUCACUCGACCUUACAUUGUUUAUGCCAUCAACAUUCUUAGUUAG